AUGCCUGAGACGUCAAUUCCUCCUCCCGCGGCGGUUGCGCGCCAAAGCAAGCCUGUUUCCGAGACGCUUUUGAACGAGAAGUGGGAUCGCUGCCUCUCCUCCCUCCUCAUCCGCUCCUCUCUCGGUCUCUCCUUCGGUGUCGUCUUCUCGGUACUCCUUUUCAAGCGGAGAGCGUGGCCUGCAUUUGUCGGUUUGGGAUUCGGUGCUGGGAGGGCUUAUGAGGAGUGUAAUGGCAGCUUUUUAAGGACGGGGAAGGAGGGUAUUAGGGUUCAACGACCAUGA